UUUUACAAUCGUCCGGUUCUUGCAGUACUUUCUGUUUAUUGAAGCAUAAUUAUACGGUCUUGCGAUAAUAUACCCAUGAAUUACAGAAGGUAGCACGGCGUCACGAUGCAGCUCACCUCUUCUGGCAUCGAGCCUGUUCGCUCGAGUGGCCCUGCAGUCAAAGAGCAGGUUGUGGAUAAGAUCCCCAAGCGCUUUAAAGAGCUUAAAUUUGGAGUCCAGUCCACGCGCGAUAUUGUAAACCAAGGAGUCCUUGAGGUCUCUGAUCGCAUGCUCUACGAUGUCGAGAAGAAUCGCAAACCCGUCCCGAAUGGAGCCGUAGAUCCUAGGCUGGGUACCUCGAGCAAGACCGGACGAUGUGAAACAUGCGGCGAAGGACUGAAUAAUUGCAACGGCCACUUCGGCCACGUCAGAUUGGCCCUCCCGGCGUUUCAUAUCGGCUACUUGAAGCUUGUGAUAGCUAUUCUACAAGAGAUCUGCAAGGAUUGCGCCCGAGUGUUGCUCACCGAGAGCGAGCGCCGACAAUUCCUCAAAGAGCUACGACGACCCAAUAUCGACAAUUUGAAACGCACCCAAAUCUGUAAAAAGAUCAACGCCCAAUGCCGGAAGGCGAAGACUUGCCCAUACUGCAGCGCAGUCAACGGUCAGAUUCGGAAAACUGGGGUAUUCAAGCUUACGCACGACAAAUUUUUGGCCUACAACAAAUCUACUGCGGCGAGAAAAGUUAUCCCCCCAGAGAAGGCUGCCUUUGACAAGUCGUUUGUGGAGGCAAAGAAGACGAAUGCUGAAUUGGAUAAACACCUUAAAAAAGCAAUGGACGACUUGAACCCUCUUCGCGUUCUGAACCUCUUCAGGAUGAUCACGCCAACAGACUGCGAGUUGCUCGGAAUCAAUCCAUCCGAAGGAAGGCCGGAAAUGUUCUUGUGGCAAUAUGUGCCUGCUCCUCCGAUUUGCAUUCGGCCCUCGGUGGCUCAGGAUGGUGCCAGCACUGAAGACGAUUUAACGUCCAAGUUAGGUGAUAUUGUUCACAUCAGCUCGCUGAUCAGGAGUGCCUUGCAAAAAGGACAGCCCAUCCAAACAAUUAUGGAGCAGUGGGAAUAUCUGCAGCUUCAAAUUGCUAUGUAUGUGAAUAGCGACGUUCCAGGUCUCCAGCAACCGGGAUUUGGAAAAGCUAUCCGUGGGUUCUGCCAAAGGUUAAAAGGCAAACAAGGCCGAUUCAGAGGCAACCUUUCGGGAAAGCGUGUUGACUUUUCUGGGAGGACCGUAAUUUCCCCGGACCCCAACCUUAGCAUUGAAGAAGUUGCGAUCCCAAUUCUUGUGGCCACCAACAUGACUUAUCCAGAACGAGUUCAUGACAGGAACAUCCAUAAGCUGAGGGAAUGCAUAAAGCGUGGACCCGGUAAAUGGCCAGGAGCCAACAUCGUCGAAAAGAAGAUGGAUGGGCGGAAGGUCUCACUGAAGCAUGCCGAUCGGGAAUACACGGCCAACACUCUCCGCGUUGGUGACGUUGUCGAGAGGCAUCUGGAAGAUGGAGAUAUCAUCCUCUUCAACCGCCAACCGUCGCUACACAAACUUAGUAUUAUGAGUCAUUACGUCAAAGUUCGACCAUGGAGAACCUUUCGAUUCAACGAGUGCGUCUGUGGCCCUUACAACGCAGAUUUCGACGGCGAUGAAAUGAAUAUCCAUGUCCCGCAAACCGAAGAGGCGAGAACAGAAGCUAUCAACUUGAUGGGUGUGAAGAACAAUUUGUGUACGCCCAAAAGCGGAGAACCUAUUAUUUCGGCCACCCAAGAUUUUAUUACGGCCGCCUACCUUCUCAGUAGCAAAGAGAACUUCUUCGACCGGAAAACGUUUGCACAUCUGUGCAUGUACAUGGUAGAUGGAAAAAUGGAUAUUGAUAUUCCGCCUCCGGCUAUCAUAAAACCGGAAGCUCUCUGGACGGGGAAACAGGUCUUCAGUGUUCUCAUGCGCCCUAAUAAGACGUCUCCUGUGAAGGUUAAUCUUGAUGCGAAGUGCCGAGAUUACAAAGCAGUUGCCGGACAGGCCCCAGAUAUGGAUCCGAAUGACGGAUGGCUCGUUGUCCGUAACUCAGAGGUUAUGUGUGGUAGAAUGGACAAGACGACCGUUGGAUCGGGAAAGAAAGACUGUAUAUUUUAUACCAUCCUAAGAGAUUUCGGACCCGAUCAUGCAGUUUUGGCGAUGAAUCGACUUGCGAAGCUGUCAGCAAGAUAUUUGACUAAUCGGGGCUUCUCAAUUGGCAUCAGUGAUGUAUAUCCAAGCAAAAGUCUUGAGGAUCAGAAAUUGGCUCUUGUCACAAAGGCGUAUGCCGAAUGUGACGAUCUCAUUGUCCAAUUCAAGUCAGGCAAGCUGGAGAAAGCAACUGGCUGCAAUAUGGAAGAAACAUUGGAGAAUAAGAUUUCUGGUAUUCUCAGCAGAGUAAGACAGCAAGCUGGAGAGUUCUGUAUCAAUACACUAAGCAAGUGGAACUCGCCACUGAUCAUGGCUAAAUCCGGAUCUAAAGGCUCAAACAUCAACGUUGCUCAAAUGGUCACUCUUGUCGGACAGCAAAUGAUUUCAGGAGCCAGAGUUGCGGAUGGAUUCCAAGACCGUACUCUGCCUCAUUUCCCCAAAAAUGCACGUCAACCGCCCUCAAAAGGAUUCGUGCGCAACAGCUUUUUUGGCGGCCUCACUCCUACCGAGUUUCUUUUCCACGCCAUUUCGGGUCGUGAAGGUCUGGUCGAUACUGCUGUAAAGACCGCCGAGACUGGUUACAUGUCCAGACGUCUAAUGAAAUCCUUGGAAGAUUUGUCUACGCAGUAUGACGACACCGUUAGGAAUUCGUCUGGAGGUAUCGUUCAGUUCCAGUUUGGAGCUGAUAAACUUGAUCCCGUUGAUAUGGAAGGCAGCGCUGUGCCCGUGCAUUUCGAUCGAACAUAUACGCAUGCUGAGAGUUUGACAUGGGAUAACAACGACCCUGCUCUCCUGCCAUACGAGAUUACGGCCCAAUGCGCGGCACUCCUCGAACCUGAGAAAGCCAAGCUUACGAGACGUGGCCUACUUCACAACGAGAAACUGGAGUACAACGACCAGAGCGACUAUGCAAUUGAUGAACUUGAAAGUGCCCGAGGUUUCGUUAGCGAAGUAAGCAAAUACGUCGGAAGGCUGGCACAAAAGCUCUCUCAGGCACGAAAAAGGGCUGGGUUGCCAGAACUGACAGAAAACCCAAGCCUUUCUGAUAUACAUUAUAACCCCGCUACUGAAGACCAAACAAGACGAAACCAAAUGGACCGAGUUGCAAAGGUUUCGGAAGCUACAUUGGCCAAGUUCAUUGAGCUCUGUCUGACAAAAUACUUGAAGGCACAUGUUGAACCAGGGCAUGCCGUCGGAGCUGUUGGAGCCCAGUCUAUUGGUGAACCUGGAACGCAGAUGACGCUGAGAACUUUCCAUUUUGCUGGUGUUGCCGGUAUGAGUAUCACCCAGGGUGUGCCCCGUAUCAAGGAAAUCAUCAAUGCUUCGAAGCUGAUCAGUACGCCUGUAAUGACGUGUCCCCUGGAAAACCCGCAUGAUAUUGUUGCAGCACGCGUCGUCAAGGGUCGUAUCGAGAAGACUUAUAUCUCAGAUUGCAUUCGAUUUGUCGAGGACAUGUGGUCAGCCAAGAGCGCAACAAUUUGUUUGUCGGUGGAUGUUCAAGGUGUCAGCGAGAUGCACCUUGAUAUCACCACAGCGGAUAUCGCGAAUGCUAUUCUGAGGAAUAAGAAGCUGAAGAUACCCAACGACGCACUCGACAUUAUCGGCGACGAUAUCUUCGUUCGUGUUGCUCACGGUUCCAACACUGGUACCUUUGGUCGCGGCGGCGCCGCCAAGAAGUCGACCGAUGAAGCAUCCGACCUCCUCCUCCGCGUCAACUACCUAAAGCGCACUAUCCCCACCAUCCCCGUCUCCGGCUACCCAGAGGCUACUCGAGCCAUUAUCCAGCAGGACAAGGGAGAGCACACCGUCCACGUCGAAGGCUACGGUCUUCGCGCAUGUAUGACCACCGAAGGUGUCAUUGGUACUAGAGUCACAACCAACAGUGUUGUUGAGUGCAACCAAGUCCUCGGUAUUGAAGCGGCGCGAACCACUAUUGCCAAUGAGAUUGAGAGCGUGAUGAGCGAAAUGAAUAUCGAUCCGCGUCACAUGCAGCUGUUAGCUGAUGUGAUGACAUACAAGGGUGAGAUUUUGGGAAUUACGCGCUUUGGUCUUAGCAAGAUGAGGGAUUCCGUACUGCAGCUUGCGUCGUUCGAGAAGACGCCCGAUCACUUGUUUGAUGCGGCAGCAGGGAUGAAGAAGGAUGCCAUUGAAGGUGUUUCGGAGUGUAUCAUUAUGGGACAGACGAUGAGUGUCGGCACUGGCGCAUUCAAAGUUGUCCGGAAACUUGGCCUGAAAGACACUGAUGUGAAGGCGAAGCCUACCUCGUUUGAGGAUCUGUGGAAGUGGGAGCUGGGAGAGCGGAAGAGGGAGCUGAAGGAUGCGGAGAUGGCGGAUGUGGAUAUGAAUGGAGUUUGAUGGGAUGAGGUAAAAAAGACAAUAUCUUGGGAGUUAAUGGCUAAGGCGAGUUCUGAGCGGUUUUUAUCAGCGUUGCAUAUAUAUGUUGGAGUUUAAUGGGCCCGGUGAGUCGGCCAGUGGGGAGUAUCUGAGAUGAUAGAAGAAGAUAUGAGAAUCAAAUGAUAUUCAUGUCACGAUACUUUUUCAACUGUCACUACGUCACAUGCAAAGUCACCACGAGGUUUUAAAUGUGAUUUCGGAUAUAUAUCAAGCCAUAUACAGUUCUUAAAAGGUUACUCCUACUCCCCAGCGACGAGAUUACUUGCUGCUUCCCCCAAACCAGCCAGAGAUACCGCUCUUCGCCUUCGUAGCCUCCUUCUCGACCGUGGCAUCGAACUUGUCGAGCUUAGCCAUGGCCUCCUUGCCCGCCUCUUUGCGGUAAGAAUCCAGCGACUCCCCAGUCUUGUUAAGCUCCUUGCGCGCCUUCUCAGCCUGGUCUUGUCAGUAUACUGCCCUGGGGGUGAGACUGUUGGGAAGGACAUACGGCGUUGUCGAUCUGCUGGCCCUUCUCGGUGGCCCAUGCAGCGGCCGUCUUCUCGGCUUCCUUGCCACGGCCGGGGAGCUCGCCCUUAACACGCGCGGAGGCAGAUGAGAGAUCCGC